AUGACAACCGCGCCUUUGAGCGCAUACACCGUAAUGGAAAUCCCAGCUACGGGGGAUUCUAUGGAGAUGGCCUCGCCCUACCAAGGGCAGGCUGACGAUUUUGAUAUCGACAUCGACCUCAUGGAGGACCAUGUCUCGAACAUGGACAGUGACAUGAUGGGCGCAGAUGAAUUUACACAUACCUCUCAGCCUAACGAAGUUAACAAUGACGCGAUCUACGAUGCCGACAUGGCCGAACCCUCCGAAGGCUCGAUGAUCGACGCUGACAACUACGUUGAUGAAGACAAUGAUAUUGACGUGCAAUUCGAUGAAGAGCCAUACGAAGAGGAAAUGAUUGAACCUGAUCAGGCCGAAGAAGUCGAUAUUGACGCCCCCGUCAUUCAUCUUCAACCUGCUGGCAGCAAUGAAGACGCUGCCAGCCCCAUUAAGGAGAAUUCCACAGUCACACCCGUGGAACCUCUCGAAGCAGCACCUCAAGGCUCAGGGGGCUCUGUGGAACAUGCUCCAGUUCAAGACGAAGCUCAUACUUCCGGUGAUGGAGACGCCGCCACUCAGGCCCAGCCGGGCAGGGCUGCGGAUGACCUUGCUGAGGAACCAUCCGAAAAUGUCACCAGUCCCGAAGCUGGCGGCCAUAAUGAAAAGGCAGAGAUUAGUGAAGAGACUAACGAGAUAUCACAAUCUUCUGUGUCGGAGGCUCAGGUAACGCAACUUUCCAACGAGGACCCGAAGACCAGUCAACCCAAACAUUCCGCCAAAGAUUCACAUGUUGAUGACACUGCGCGCCCGGAAAUGCAGCCUGUGUCUGAGGGAAAUCAGGAGGUUGAGGAUGCGGAUGAAUCUCUCCAACAGGUCACAUACAUAGAUGAACCUCUUCACCCAGUCAAAAUCCUUUACCAAGACUGCGAGAUCGCUCUGUUCCCUCCCCUUGAGGGAGACUUGGCGGAUACAUUCUUUGUUGAAGACGAAGCUUUAGCUUAUGAAGACAUUGGCGAAAUAUUCAAGGCUCUGCGCCAGGUGCUUCAAAAGACCAUGGCAGGCAAUGAAGUCUUGGUCAUCGAUAUUGACACCCUUGGUAUCCAAAUAACAGAGGACUCAUUCCAUACAUCCCAAGUAACCUUACAUCAGAUCCUAGAUCUUUAUCUUAGACUUUGUCGCAACGAUGGCACUACCGAGCCGGACGCACUUUACCUUACACUUAGCACCAAGCGUGCUUUCCCGGCUGAGCUCGCAGAUCUCAAUGACGCCGCAAUUGAGGGCAAGACACUUUCCGAACUUCAUUCCGAACUUCAGUCAUGGGAUGAAUAUGAUGAAGCCGAGGCAGGUUCCGAGGAUCUUGGUGCUCAUGGGGCUGAGGAACAUGAAGACGAGGUCUACUACACCAAUGAGGCCCAAAAAGAGCUUUCAAUCACGGAAUCGCAAACGGCUCCAGAAGUCGGAAAAGAGCAGGCACUAGAUAGUGAACAGUCUCAGGUCCAGCCCGAAGUUGUCCCUGACGCCCAGCCAGGGAUUGUCCAUGCGCAGGAUGAGGAUCGGCCUGCCUCUAGUGGGCGAAGUGCCGAGGCUGCACCUGAGUCUGAAUCUCAUCUAGCCCAGCCCGAGAACAAAGAGUCAGACCACUUUGAUGAGUCUCGCCAUCUCGAAAGCGACCAAGAUCAAGAAUACGAUCAUGGCCAUGGUGAUACGAACGAAGAGCACUAUGAUUCUGAGGACCGGCAGAGUGAUUCCACUGCCACGGUAGCUGCAUUGCCAGGCGCAAGCGAGAUCAAAGAGCAUACCCAGCAUGUCCCUCUGGACGUUGCUGCAGAUGCCGAUACAGAUCAAAACGACGACGAGAACUAUUACGCAGAGGACCCUGAGAACGAUGGCCUGGGAGCUGAGGAAUACUACGAGCAUGAAGACAUCCGCUCAGUCGAUGAUUCAGAAGCUUUCCAAAAAGAUAUCACUGGCAGUGAAAAUGCUGAUGUUAAUGCACAAGGACCAGCUGAUCAGGCGUCUGUUCUUGAUGAAGAGGACACAGAUGAGUUAGAUGCCCCACCGACAGAUGAAGUUGUCUCGGAAAUUCUCCUACGGGAUCCCACCCACCCUUCUCAUGACCAGCCGGCGGUGCCGCUUGACAGUGGCUUGCAUGACACCUCUGACAAGAAGGAGCAAACGCCAGAGCCUGCACAUGAUUUACUUGGAAUUGCUGUAGACCUGAUGCAGACUCCCCAGAGAGAUACAGAGAACGAUGCUCUUGAUCACUUCGAGGGCAUAGACUACGACGAGCCAGAGGAUGAACUCGACGCUCAUGUUGAAGCUGAUGACGAGGGUGCCGAUGACCAUGAGUUUGAUGAGAAUCAUUUUGGCGACUAUGACACCCAUUUUGAAGAAUCGGAGGCUGGAGAGCUGGUUGGCACAGACCCUUCCUUGACAGACCCCCAAACCAACCAAAAUUCCUCCGCCAAACGGUCUCGCGAGGAUGAAGAAGACUGGGACCUGGUGGAAACCACCGUUGACACCAAGCGUCGUCGCUCUUCGUAA